CGCGCGCACUGGGCUGAGGGUUUAUCUGCGUCUGGACGGACUGUGGAGCGCAACAGGCGGACGGAUCCAAGCCCGCACUGACCCCACGGACCCCCACCCACCCCACUGUCAAAGCCUCGGGGAAAUUCAUGAGAAAGAGGCGCGUGGAUAGUCCGUGUCCAAAUGGAGCUACUUCGGUUUUCCGCUUUUUGGUGUGGAACCAUACUCUGUGCUAGUAUACUGUUCGGCCAAACCGAUGCCACCAUGUUGAAGAUAAAAAGGUUGUGCAAGUUCUGUGAUGUGCGGGCGACCAGGUGCACCGGGAAAGGCAGCUGCAAAGUGGAGUGUGACAUUACAUCCAUCUGCCCCAACGACAGCGACGUGUGUGUCAGCAUUUGGAGGAAGAAAGACGACAAUGUCACGUUUGAUACGAUCUGUCACAACCCAGAACAUAAACUGCACGGUUUGGUCCUCAAGGAUUACAACAACAGCAAGUGUGAGAUGAAAGAAAGGAAGGGCAUGGGCUCCCAGUUCUUCAUCUGCUCCUGCUCUGAAGACGAGUGCAACGACCAGAUCUUCUUUAACUCCAAUACCAUGGACUCCCAGGUGGUGGCUGUCAUCUUGGUGAGCCUGGUUCCUCUGCUGGUCAUGGCGGUAGUCGUCAUCACCUCCUUCUACUUCUACCGGGUUUACCAACAGCGCAGAGCCAACUCCAGACGCAAGAAGGGACCUCCUGAUUUCAGCGACGCUCACGCCAUCAUGAUUGACGACGAAGGUUCGGACAGCAGCUCCACGCACGCCAACAACCUCAACCACAACACGGAGCUGCUGCCCAUAGAGCUGGACGUCCAGGUGGGAAAAGGGCGCUUUGCAGAGGUUUACAGAGCCAAGCUGAAGCAGGGCUCCUCGGUCAGCGAAGAGCAGGGCUUCGAGACGGUGGCGGUCAAGAUCUUCCUAUACGAGGAGUACGCCUCCUGGAAGAACGAGAAGGACAUAUUCUCAGACGCAGACCUGAGGCAUGAAAAUGUGCUUCACUUCCUGACGGCGGAGGAGAGGAAGGUGCAGAGGCAGUACUGGCUGAUCACCGCCUACCAGCCCAGGGGGAACCUCCAGGAGUACCUCAGCCAUCAUGUGGUCAGCUGGAGGGACCUGUGGCUGCUGGGGGGGUCGCUAGCUCAGGGGGUGGCCCACCUUCACAGUGACCACACCUCCUGCGGCCGCUACAAAGUGCCCAUCACUCACAGGGACAUUAAGAGCUCCAACAUACUGGUGAAAAAUGACCUGACCUGCUGCUUGUGCGACUUCGGACUCGCUCUCCGCCUCGACAACUCGCUAUCUGUGGACGAACUGGCCAACAGUGGACAGGUGGGAACAGCCCGGUACAUGGCUCCAGAGGUCUUAGAGUCAAGAAUCAACUUAGAAAACAUCGAGUCUUUCAAGCAGGCAGAUGUUUACUCCAUGGCCCUCGUACUGUGGGAGAUCACCUCCAGGUGCAGCGCAAUCGGAGAGGUGAAAGAGUACGAGCCACCUUUUGGGAAUCUGAGGGAACACCCGUGUGUGGAGAGCAUGAAGGACAGCGUCAUCAGAGACAGAGGAAGACCUGAGAUCCCCAACAGCUGGAUCAACCACACAGGUAUUCAGAUCGUCUGUUCCUCCAUACAAGACUGCUGGGACCACGACCCAGAAGCCCGUCUGACAGCCCAGUGUGUUGCCGAGCGCUUCAACGACAUGGAGUACCUAGACAAGCUGUCGGACCGGUCUGACUCAGAGGAGAAGAUCCCUGAAGAAAUCUGUGUGGUGGAUGAGAAGUAGAGCUCAGCAGAAACACUGCCACCAGUAGGGCAUGACCGGAACUACAACCGAGCAGCUGGUAGAGAAACAAAUCCCAGUAGAUGGAUGUUGGCUGUGGUUUUGGCAGAACGGUGUGAUGGAAAAGCAAAUGGAAAGGUCACAGAGAUGAAAGAGACCAGCUACCAGAAGUGGACCUGCAUAUAUUCAUGAGGACCAGGAAGAUUUUAAACAUCAACGACUGACUUUCCUCUGAAUUCUUCAGAGACUCCAGUAAUAAACAGGGAAAUCACCGUAUAAAGCUUUCUUAACCAAGUACUUUUUGCACUUUAUCUAUAUAUAUAUAUAUAUAUAUAUAUAUAUAUAUAUGCACACCAAAUAAUAUAUAUCCAGUGCCUUUUUACCAUAAUUUUCAGGUAAAUGAACUAUAUGUAGGAAAUCAGUGUAAAUAUAAAGGCAGUUAAGAACACUAAUAUACUCCUUAAAGUGUAUUUAACUGCGUACUUGGCCUUGGAGCGAAGUCAACAGGACUAAAUAAUGGAGCGACAUGUGAUUCAAGAUGCAGAGAUGAUUCCUGCUGGCAUGAAAUGGAAAUCACGCACAGACACAAAAUAGGAAACCCAUCCAAGGCAGUAAUCUGCAGGGAACGCUGAUAUCAAACCUCAAGGACUAUGAACUGUAAAAUAAAGACAGAAAAAGGGAAUGGAUACGUGUGUGUGUGUGUGUGCGUGUGCGUGUGCGUGUGUGUGUGUGUGUGUGUGUGUGUGUGUGUGUGUGUCUUACUCAGAGGACAGUCUGUUUAAUCAGACCAAGGAAAGGGAAUAACGGUAUAUGCAUAAAGGGCUCUAAACUGGAAAGUUCCAGCCGACUGCCGACCUGUUACAGGAGCUGAACUCCUCCUAAAAUGUUUUGUUACACAAAAGGGAGCUCUGAUCCCAAGCUCAUGAAAAGUCUUAAUCAGAGUCGUUUUUGUUUAAAACUGUAAAGCUUUAAUAAAAUCGGAAAGUA